AUGGCAGACCCCGACCCCGGGUACGGGAAAGGGCAUGGCGGACAUGGAGGGUACGGCAAGGGCCACGGCCAUGGAGGGUAUGGCAAGGGCCAUGGCCAUGGUGGAUACGGUAAAGGCCAUGGACAUGGCGGGUACGGCAAGGGCCACGGCCACGGAGGAUACGGUAAGGGCCAUGGUCAUGGUGGAUACGGCAAAGGACAUGGCGGAGGCUACGGGCACGGAGGGUAUGGCAAAGGUCACGGCGGAGGUUAUGGGCAUGGUGGUCACGGAGGCUACGGACACGGAGGUCACGGUUACCAUUAAUAGCAGAGAACAACUACGUUAUGUAAAUAAAUAAAUAAAUAAAAUAAUACACUUGA